AUGAUCCGCUAUAUCGGCGACCUGGCCAUAGUCAAAGACAUCUUUUUCAGGAUUGAGGUCUUCUGGAAGCAUCCUCAGAAGCCUAUCCCGGCACGAAAGGGCCUUACGCGCAAAAGCACCAAAGUGAAACCCCUUGACAGUAAUAGACGAAGCGAGCGCCUCGAGCGCACCAAGCGCCAGCUUGAGAAAGAAAAUGUUUCUGCACUCUAUGAAACAAGCAAACUGCGACAAGAGCUCCGAAAGGAGAAGAGGGCUCUAGCAAAAGAACGAUCAGAGAGGACUCGACAGAGCUUGGAAAUCGACCUACUCAGAAAAGACAAUAUCUCCGCGCAUAAGAACCUCAGCGAAAGCCAGGUCGCUCUUAAAGAGGCUCAAGACCGAUGUCGGGAGCUUGAAGCUUCUCUGCGCUCACAGAAUGAGACAACUUACACAACGCAAGAUCUGUAUACCGGAGAAUCCCCUAUCACUGUACACGGGAGCAGUUCUGAUGAUGUUUCUGAUGACUUCACGAUGCCCUAUCCCAUUGAGAAGGGGAGCAAAUCCAAUAAGUAUGAGCAAAACAUUGCCACACCGCCGCCAAGCCAAAAACGUCGGUCUUCGGUCAGGACUGCUGCAACACCUCCAGAGACCCCAGUGGCUGGCCCUUCGAACAACACGAUGUUGCUCGCUGGCCAUUUCCCUGUCGUGGAAGACGAAAGCUUUGAUCUCGAGACGGAGGAAAUCAUGAUUGGUCACUUGAAAUCCGACAGAGUCUUCAGGCGCUUCAAGGAGUUUCUGAAGACGGGACAUGAGAGCUCAUGGUACUGCGUUGAAGAUAUCGCCCAGUUUGGAUACAGCUUCGGUUCCUGGAACGACAGCAUCUGCGAAAACGGAGAGCAUGAUGGUGUUCGUUGCAGACAGGUCAAGGUUACGGUCGUCGAUUCUGAGAGACGGCUUUGCUUCAAGCGUGACGAGAGGGAGAGUGCAAGCUCCUGGCAGGGCGGUUGGGGUGAUUGGUAG